AUGCACUCAGUGCAUUUUACUUCUUCAGAAAAGUUUUUAUUUAGAUGCUGCAUCCCAUUUAAGUAUGUGUGCAGAAAUCAAAGAUUUUCUAUUUUUAUCAACAUGGCCAAAUUACAUCAUAUGAACCCAAUGGCGACGUCUAAGCAUUGGUCGGAUUUGCGCACGGAUGACGACAUCCAGUCAGCAGUUUCUACCUUUCUAGAGGAUGAAUCACAUAACCUCAAUGGAAAAACAUUACACGAAAGUAUUGUGGAGGUUUCUCGUUGGCUCGGAACACAGAUCCAAAAAGAACGUGAAGGGUGGGCUUAUAAGAUACGUAUGGCUAUGCAAGAAAUUGAAAAUCAUCGACGAGAGACAUUGAAAAUCAACAAUGUCAUCCAGGAAUGUACCAAUCAACUGAGAUUAAUCGCUGAAUGUUGUAACAUGGAUGGGGACAUCUUGGUGAAAAUUUCACAGGAGGAUACCAAGCGGGCCCUACCUCUGUAUAUUGAGUGUCUGGCAGAGUUAAUCAACACUUUAGUUGAUGAUCGCUUACAAUGUCUCCAACUGCUGAAGUUAAGUGAGGCUGACAUUGACGGACAGACAGUAUUCAGCAUGUUAACAUUACAUCUUCAAAAGUUAGAGUUCCAAAACAGCCAAUCAAAAAAGGAACAGGAAGAUCACAUGGUUAAAGUUGAAUGCGAGAACACCCAACUCCUGGCUGAACUCAACCGUCACAAAAAACAGGUGAACAAGUUACAGGAGGACCAUAAAAAAUUACAGUUGAUACUACAAGCAGUACAGGUAGAGGAUCAACAAGAGGCAGCCCAGACAGCUGUCCAAGACAGAACAACAUCACCAACAAUGAAUGCUGCGGCUAAAAGUGAUGCUAACGGUAUACAAAUUACAGAGGAAAAGCUCUUAAAACUUCAAUCAAGUGCAAAAAGACUGGAAAGUUCUCUACAAGAUGCCCUCUCACAGAUAGAUCAUUUCCACAAAAAUGUGAAAACUUCUUCAAAACAAACUGUAACAAGUAAGCAGUCCAAAAAUCCAAACUACAAAUUGAAACCGUUGAUGCGUGCUCGAAGUCCAACUCGUGAGUUGCCUAACCUGAAAAACUUACCACCAACAAAACUGGCAUACACACAAAGUUCGCUCAGUGAAAGGCGAGCCAAUUCUUUGCAGAACUCUUUUGUUGAAAAAACAAAUUCUCAGCAAAAUUCAUUUAUGGAGAAAACAAACAGAUCAUUGUCUGAUCGGAUGAGUCGGUUUCAAGUCUCAGAAACAUCUGGUAUUUCAGACUCCAAGUCUCUUGACUUAAAUGAUCCCCCUGUACGUAUUAAAUGGCGACGACGAGCAGUUAGUCCCCUCAGUCUGGGUGCAGAAAGGGCAGCAACUAUGAAGGAACGAGCUAUGCCAAAAAUGCAAGCACAGCAGCAAUCUUCAAAAUCGUUUACCUUCCGAUCUCUGGUGAGAUCUCUGGACGAAAUGAGGGCAAAGAAAGCAACAAAGACAAAAGGUGGGCAGAAAGUCAGUAAAUGUUUGCGCUGUCAGAAACUAUUUACACUUAAUGAUAACCACAAGAAAGCGUGCUGUUACCAUCCCCGUAGUAAGGAACGGGUGGAGGAGUACACUAGUAAGGGGCGCCUCACCCGGGUGUCAUAUGUGUGGCAAUGUUGUCGGCAGAGUGUUGACAGUCAAGGCUGUCUGUAUGGCCAACAUGUCUGA